GUGGGCUGGGAAAGGACACGACGCCCAGGCAUGCUGACAUGUCCUGCCUGACCUGGAGGCCAUAUCCCCUCUCUAACUUUGUCUUGAUACCCUCAGCCACAAUCACCUGCCCAUGCUUCUAAAGGAGAUUCUCCAGAACAAGCUGCAAAAUGUCAACCUACGCAAUUUCAGUCUUGGCCAGACCAACCUGGACAGGCUUAGGGAUGGCCUCGUGGGUGCACAGUUCUGGUCAGCCUACACCCCAUGCCAGGACGAGGAUGCUGUGCGCCUCACUCUGGAGCAGAUUGACCUCAUUCAUCGCAUGUGUGCCUCCUACUCUGAACUGGAGCUUGUGACCUCAGCCACAGGUCUGAACAGUACUCAAAAGCUGGCGUGCCUUAUUGGCGUGGAGGGUGGUCACUCAAUAGACAGCAGCCUCUCUGUGCUACGCAGUUUCUAUCUGCUGGGAGUACGCUACCUGACACUCACCUUCACCUGCAGCACGCCCUGGGCAGAGAGUUCCACCAAGUUUAAACACCACUUCUACACCAACAUCAGUGGAUUGACAAGCUUUGGUGAGAAGGUAAUAGGGGAAAUGAACCGCCUGGGCAUGAUGGUGGACUUGUCCUAUGGGUCGGACACCUUGAUGCGGCAAGCCCUGAAGGUGUCAAGGGCUCCUGUGAUCUUCUCCCACUCAGCUGCCAGGGCUGUAUGUGACAAUAUGCUGAAUGUUCCUGAUGACAUCCUGCAACUCCUGAAGAAUAACGGUGGCAUUGUGAUGGUGUCGCUGUCCCUGGGGGUGCUGCAGUGUAACCUGUUUGCUGAUGUGUCCACUGUGGCAGAUCACUUUGACCACAUCAGGGCAGUCAUUGGAUCUGAGUUCAUCGGGAUUAGUGGAAAUUAUGAUGGAUCUGGCCGGUUCCCUCAGGGGCUGGAGGACGUAUCCACAUACCCAGUACUGAUAGAGGAGUUGCUGAGACGAGGCUGGAGGGAAGAAGAGCUUCAGGGUGUCCUUCGUGGAAAUCUGCUGCGGGUCUUCAGACAAGUGGAACAGGUGAGAGAGGAAAGCAGUGGCCAGAGCCCUCGGGAGGAUGAAUUUCCCAACAGGCAGAAGGGCAGGUCCUGCCACUCCCACCUCCCGACUCAGCCUCAGAGUGAACACCUGGUCUCACACCCAGAGAUGAACAAGUGGCCGGCCAAUCAAGCCCUCCAAAGGCCCUCCAAAGCCUCCCCACACUUCAUCCUAGGCCUGGUAGCUGCUGCCACCUUCUCAGUCCUCGUCCUGUGGCCCUAGUGACCUGGCCAGUCCCCACAAAGGUCACUGUGGCUAAAUCCCCCGAAGUUCCCCUCCUAGUCAUCCCGGCACAA